UUUAAAUCGUAGAGGGGCAAAUGUAUUCAAUGUGCGUGCGUUUGACUUGCAGUAUAGUGCGGGCGCCGCGGACGUAAGCCGCGAUUAUUAUAAGUGCGUUUUCAUUGUUCGGUUCGCCGGUUUGUUCUCGACGCUGAGUUCCUAGACAAAAAUGAAGGUUCGAACCAUAGUGUUAUGCGCGUGCAUAGCACUCACCAGCGCGACACUCGAGGUUGUGAACCAAUGGAGUCUCAUGCAGUUCGACUUCCCACCUGACCCGGUGCUUCUGGAAAAAUUCCAACCAGAGAACACCGUGCCGACUGGAUUGGAGAUCGGUUGGGAUCGGCUUUAUCUGGGGAUUCCUCGUCUCCGGGCCGGGGUCCCUGCCACAUUAGCCUGGGUGCCGCGGUCUCUACCGCCAGGCGUCAGUCCAGUAUUGCAGGCCUACCCUGACUGGUCAUGGCAUUCAGCUGGGCGAGGUGACAUCAAUUGCACCGGAUUAAUUUCGGUGUAUCGCGUGAGAGCCGAUCGCUGUAACAGACUGUGGGCCCUGGACGCCGGAGUCAUCACGAGUUUGGACGACUUCAGAAGAGUGUGUCCUCCAAAGAUACUCAUUUUCGACAUGACUACAGACCAACUGGUGAGGAGCGUGUAUUUCCCGAGAGAGCUGUUACGACCGGCGUCUCUACUCACAAAUAUUGUGCUGGACGACACGAAAUCUUCAAAUUCAAGACAUUCAGCUAACUGUGAUAAUAUCUUCGCGUACAUUUCUGACACAGUAGCUCCUGGCAUAAUUGUUUACGAUGGAAGACGUGAUAACGCGUGGCGCGUCACACACGCCUCCAUGUACCCAGACCCUGACCUUGGAGAAUAUGACAUCGGAGGUGAAAAAUUCACACUGAUGGACGGUGUUGUGGGCCUUUCACACUCACCAGCUCAAGGGCUCCUAUACUACCAACCUUUAGCUACUGAUAGAUUGUUCAGUGUGUCGACAGCUGUAUUGGCAGCAGGGCCUCCAGCAGAAGGCCAGGACUUGCCCGUUAACCUGGUGGGGCGUAAAUCUUCCCAAGGUCUAGGGGUUGCAGUAGAUCCACGGGAUGACACCAUUUUUUUCAGCCCCAUGACCGAAACAGCAAUCGCCGCUUGGAACCCCAUCACCAACUCGCACAGAGUUUUGGCCCAAGAUCCAGAAAAGUUACAGUUCUGUGCCGAGGUGAGGUGGGCUGAACGUGACAACGGGAACGUUUGGGCACUGUCAACGAGAUUUCAUAAAUUCUUCAAGAGGACUGUUUCUAAACACGAGAUAAACGUGCGCAUCUUACGUGUGGUGGAGACGUCCUACGGGUACGUGCCGCAGCCUCACGUACUGCGGCGAGCGGCUAACUUCACACCAGCUGUCUAUUAAUAUGUCUCUUUAUAAAAUGUCUUAUAAAAGAUUUAUAUACAAACUUUUUAACCUAACGUCGCAAAGACAUAUACCUUAAAAAUUAACAAUAGGUUUUAGGAUGAAUCGAUUGAAUGUAAUAUGAAAAUAUAAUAAUAAUCUUAAUAACAAUCCAAGCACUUUACCCAUAAAUAAUUUGUUUAAAUAAUCGAUUCAUUUUAAUAACUUUUUAAACAAAAAAGUUAAAUAAGCUCUUAUGAUCAUUCAAAUUCAUUUCCCCUGUCGUAUUAUUUUUAAUGGAAUUUCUACAUUUCCUUAUAGUAUAUGAAUGUGUCUGUACAUCGUGUAAAUAUUAUAUUGUCAUGCAUCUUUUAACCUUCAAUUAACAUAAUUAGAUCUAAGUAGCUCUAAAACAAACAAAAAUAUAGCCAGUUGGGAAAACAUUUAAUAGUUUAAAAUAAUUUAAAAGCCAUAAAUUACGUAAUGACUAGUCUUUGGAUGAAUGUUUGUCGUUUCCUGCUCAAGGUAUAUCUCAUUUAUAAUUAUUUAUAUAAUGAAAAAGGAAGUAAAUGUGUUUUGUAAUCUGAAAUCAUAUUUAAUAAGUUUUUAUUGUAAGGAAGAAAGAUAUCCAUCUCUAAUUAAAUAUGUUUAAAAAUGCUUAGUACCUAUCCUGUUUCUAAUAUAGUCUCGUCUAUUUAUUAUGAAAUAAAAAAAAUAUUUUACGUCAUAAAGCAUGUUGAUUCGCAAACAAUAAAAUGUCUAGUUAUCGAAAAGACAUUUGUUAUAUUUUUACAAACGUGUCAAAUAAAAGUAUAUAUAAUUUAAAUAAAUAAGAACAAUUAUGUAAAACACGUGACAGUAAAUAAUGUGUUUUUUUUUUAUGGAAUUUAUAAUGAUUUUGUAAAUUUAAGAUACGUAACAAUAAAAACAAUAUUUAAAUAUAUAUUUUUACAAAUAUAC